AUGAACUGCCAGGAUAGCCGCAAGGAGGAACCUCCAAACCAAGCCGGCCCUGAUAGUGAGGUCGGCUGCGAAAAGCUCAUCGUCAUGGGAAUUCUCGCCGUUUUAUCUCUGAUGGUAGCUCUUGAUGCCUGCGUUAUCGUUACGUCCCUGCCUGAAAUUGUCAAAGGUUUAGAGACCAAUACUAGCGGAGGCUUUUGGAUAGGCACCUCCUACCUGCUGGCUAAUGCUGUCGCGAUGCUCUUUAUAGCCGACCUGAGCGAGGCUUUCGGCCGUAAACCGUGUCUGACGGUGUCCGUAGCUUUCUUCACAAUCGGCACAAUCAUCUGCUGCCUAUCUGACACCAUUGCUCAAAUGCUUACUGGACGUUCUCUGCAAGGUAUUGGCGGAGCUGGCAUUAUGAUGCUAAGCAUCGUCAUUUACACGGACUUAGUCUCUCAAAGUAUCCGGCCGAAAUGGUACGGAAUAAUACUCGGAGCGUGGGCCUUGGGAAAUUGUUUGGGCCCAAUCAUCGGCGGCGUCAUUGCUCAACAUACCACUUGGCGCUGGGUAUUCUAUAUCAUGUUUCCCUUCUGCGCUGUCGGUAUGGUCCUCGUGCCAUGGAAGGUAAACGUCAAGCCACGCUCGAAAACAACACAUGAGAAGCUGGCCAUGAUCGACUGGGCUGGUGGCGUCUUAUUCAUAAGUUCUUCCACCCUUUUUCUCGUUGCCAUUUCCGGUGGCGGCAUACAGUCUCCCUGGAAUAGCGUCGGCACACUAGCACCAUUAUGCCUCGGCAUAGCUGGUUUUGUUUCGACUCUCGUCUAUGAGACCCGAGUAACGCAGAAACCGUUCCUCAAUCGCAAUUUGUUUUGGGGUCCGAGCCCCAUCGCUGUCUACAUUUGCGGAGCCGUCCAAGGGCUUUUACUAUAUGGCCAGCUUUAUUAUAUUCCUCAAUUCUUUAUCCUUGUUAAAGGGUUCUCGCCUGUCAAUACUGGUCUCGCGCUUCUCCCCGUGAUGUUCACACUCAUGCCAGGCUCUAUCGCGACUGGCUUCUUUAUAACUCGAACCGAAAAUUGCCAAUACCCAAUAUGGGCUGGCUGGAUGUUAACGACCAUAGCAACCGGUUUGACGAUUCUUUGGGAUGCGAAUACGCCAGCGAGUGUCUGGGCCACAACGCUCGUGCUCCUUGGGUUGGGUCAUGGAGCCGUUCUCAACGCCCAAACCACCGCCGCCUCUCAGGCUGCUUUUAGCAGUGUCGCCACCGUAAGGGGCACUGAGCCGAACGAAGGCAUCGCAACUGCAAUGUACGCAUUCUUAAGGCAGUUCGGUAUGGCAGUAGGCGUCGGUAUUGGUGGCUCCACCUUCCAAAAUGUCUUUUUACUCAAUCUGGACAUGGAUGGCCUGCCGGGAAACCACGAGGCGAAGAGCCAGGUAAAUGUGGCAGAACUCUUGCAAGUCGUUAUAGAUAGCAGUGCCAGAGCGGAAAUCCUGGACGCGUGUAUUCUCGGGCUACGCGGAGUGUCUUGCCUUUACGUUGGGUUAUCAGGGGCUGCUUUGUUCGUGAGUAUGUGGGUUAAGAGGUACCACUUGAAUCAGUUUGUGACUACGGAACAGAAGCUACAAAAUAGCGGGAAAAGGGUUUUAGGAGUAGCAGAGGCUGCCUGA